UUUCGUGGAGAAUGACGGGGCCACAGCUGCUGGGGAUUUGCCUGUGUCUGGUGUUGCUGCUGCACAUUGGAGUAGGAAGAGCCUGUCUGUCGAUGCUGGAAGUGGGCUGCUGGUGGAACGGCGAACUCAUGCUGCAUCCCAAUUCUUGCAGAUCCCGCGUAGUGCUAAACCUUUGAUGAUAAGCCGGGCAGGUGCAAGUAUUACAAAUACUGUCCCGGCUUUAUCGAACUUGUUAGGAAAAUAAAGAGAAAUUCACCGUUAACUGAGGUCGAGACGAGGAUCAAGGAUAGCGCAGGCUGCUCUUCCAUAAAGACAUUCGUCUGCUGCACAGAGCCCGAGAACGAUACGGGACUGAAGCUGCUGCAGCAGUCUGAGGAGGUAUGCGGCAAGUUCAUGGGUCCCAAGGUGUUUGGCGGCAGCGAAAUCAAGAUGGGAUCGAGGCCUUGGAUGGCUCUGCUCAAGUUCAAUACCAGACGGUUCGGCAGCCGGGAAAGGGACCAAUUUCAGUCUGGUGGCACGCUCAUCACGCCACGUUUCGUCCUGACCGCCGCUCACUGCCUGAUCGAUGGAUUCCCCGUGGCAGUGAGGCUUGGGGAGCACAAUACAACCUCAGAGCAGGACUGCAAGAUGCUGAGAUCGGAGAUAUAUUGCCAGCCGCCCUACGAGGACAUAGGCAUUGAGAAUAUCAUUGUGCACGAGGGUUAUUUAAGGUACACCCAAAAUAAUGACAUAGCCCUCAUCAGGCUGGUGAGGAACGUGGUGUUUACGGAUGGACUGAGCUGGAGGCAACUCCCGGCAGCUGUUGGCCUCCUGUGCUUUGCAUGUUUUAUAGUUCUGACCUUAAUACCUGCGGACCCUUUCACGAUGAACAUGAGCCGGAAAAGGAGAAGAGAGAUGGAGCUGGAGCUAGAGAUGGAGACGGAGACGGAGAAGGAGCGUGUGAAGUUGCUUUUGUCUUUGGGGCUGCUGGCGCUAAGCUCAAAAGCAAACACCUGGAUCCACGUACCUGUCGCUAGGGGAGCUGGAGCUUGCAGCAGUGGCAGUGGAAGUGGCAGUGGGAUGUGGGAUAUGAAGGUGUUGGCUGUGGUCCAGUCGAGGGGGGUUUUUUUCCCCCAUUGUUCUGGAGUCCAAAUCAAUGCAUCUGAGAACUUAACCAAUCGAUGGAGGAGGGCAUUCCAGAUGCAGUGCGGCUGUUGCCCGAAUCCACAGCAAACAUGGCCAGCAAAGAGCCAAGUAGCUUCCAUUGAAGGCGUGUGGCAAAUAUUCCGGCAAACAUCAUGAAUUAUGAAUAUUCUAAUUUGGAUCUUAUCGCACUCAUUAACACCUGGCUGCCCUGUGGGCCUGGCCCGUCACUCUUUAGAAUUUCUCGUCCGCUUGCGAUGCUGCCGGAGGAUUGCAUUCACUAGCAAGGGCCCUAACUGGAUAAAGGUUAUCUAUCUCCCACCCACACACAAACACACACACACA